UCGCGUAGCUCCUUAAGCACUGUUGCGUCAACGUUGAGAUUAAGCAGGGUUAGAACGGUGUCGAGCGAUUGGCAGCAGGCAUCGAUGUCCUGAGCAAGACUCUCGCCGUGUGCCUGCUUGAAGCCAUACGCAGCUUUUCUGGUCAAGUUCUUGAGCUUGCUGCUGAAUUUGUUCGACGACCUGUCCGGCUCUAUGCGGGUGAGAAACGCUUGCAGACUUGCCGCUGCUUUAUGACAGUUGCGCAGAGCAGCUUGCACCUGUGCCUCCGCCACGGCUUGCUCGCAAAUCUCUGGACGUUGCAAAGCCUUGUUUGUUGCGGCCGUGACGUUGAGAAAGGUGGUAAGCUGGCGAUGCAAUGCUUUGAUGUCGCUGUCGUAUUCUUUCAACGCAACCUAGUACUGAUAGAGGUCCUUUGCUACAUCCCAUGCAGCGCUGGCUAUACCUAUGGCGGACGCUGGAUCCAUGGUUUCCACAGCUGCGAGGGCUGUGACGUGCGGCUAUUCUCGCAUUGGCAACAUGUACAGACAAGCGAGAGGUACGCAGUCAACUCUGGGAGGAACAUUUGCGUACUUGAGGUAGAGCGGCUGAAGUUACGCCCACAGCCUGCCUGCAGCAAGGGUGUCUUGUAACUGGCGAUGCUGCCGAAAUGAUGCGCAAGUGGCGCAAGGCCCCACCAUUAUACUGCAUUUAUCCAGCCGCGAUGAUUCUUAUCACUACGCAGAAAC